AUGCGGACCGAGAAAGCAGUAGGGUCAGUGGCAUACGCCACAGCACCCGAAGACAAUCCUUCUGAUAAACAUGGGACGGUACAGGACAUGAUGGACAUGUGGCGUGUGGGCAGGGAUCAGGAGCUGAAUGUAAGCGAUUGCAGAUACAUUCUUAGGGUGGCAUAUACUGAAAUGAUUAAUGGCUUGCAGCGGAACUUUCGGUUUCUAUCUGUCCUCGGCUUCAGUGCAGUGUUGAUGUGCACUUGGGAAGCGGUACUCUUCUCUGGUCCACUGACAAUAAAGACUAGGGCGCCCACGUCCGGCGGCCAAUACCAUUGGGUAUCAGAAUUCGCACCCCGGAGUUGUCAAAAGCCCUUGAGCUACAUCACCGGGUGGGUGUGCGUGCUAGGCUGGCAUACUGGGAUCGCCGGCUGUUCAUACACGGUAGCCAACAUGUUGGUCGGUGUGAUUGCCAUCAACUAUCCCGAUUCAUAUACCUAUGAGCCAUGGCAUGUCACGCUGUUGGUUAUCGCAGUAGCAGUCGUCGCGUUGAUGUUCAACACAUUCUUAGCCCAGAAGCUACCCUUGAUCGAGGGGGUUAUCUUGAUCGUCCAUUGUUUUGGUUUCUUUGGUAUCCUGAUUCCCCUCUGGGUCUUGUCGCCUUCCGUAGCACCAUCGGAAGUAUUUGGGUCUAUUGAGGAUCGCGGCGACUGGGGUAGCAAUGGCUUGUCAUGCUUAGUAGGACUGGUUGGGCCGAUAUAUGCAUUGAUUGGCCCCGACUCAGCUGUCCACAUGUCCGAAGAAAUCCAGGAUGCAUCUCGCGUACUUCCGCAAGGAAUGAUCUGGACUCUUAUUCUGAAUGGCGCGACGGGAUUCGUCAUGAUUGUGACUUACGCAUUCUGCGUGGGAAACAUUGAUGAAGUGUUGGAGUCUCAAACAGGCUUCCCCUUCAUCCAAGUUUUCCUAAACUCCACCGGAUCUGUGAAAGCUGCAACUGGUAUGACAGUAGUGAUUAUGGUCAUGCAGUUCUGCGCUGCCAUCAGCAACGUUGCGACGACAUCGCGGCAGGUCUAUGCCUUCGCCCGGGACCAAGGCCUCCCAUUUUCAGGAAUCCUAUGUCAGAUAAGCCCUACCUUCACCGUUCCACUCAAUGCCUUAUUCCUCAGCCUUAUCAUCGUGUCUCUCCUCUCGCUUAUCAACAUCGGCUCAUCCGUGGCCUUUAAUGCCAUUAUGUCCCUGGGAACUGCGGCUCUCCUGUCGUCGUACAUCAUUUCGAUUAGCUGCGUCCGCCUCCGUCGAUGGAGAAACCAACCCCUGCCUCCAGCACGCUGGAGCAUGGGAAAGUUCACGCCGGUCAUCGACUCGAUUUCGAUUCUCGUUUUAAUGGUCAUUUUUGUGUUUAGCUUUUUCCCAGUCACGCGUCAUGUCACUGCGCAGUCAAUGAACUGGAGUAUCGUCAUAUUCAGCGGCGUGACUCUCUUUGCCAUGGCAUACUACCACGCUUACGCGCGGAAGGUGUAUAGAGGACCCGUUGUAAGGGUAAGGCUGGUCGAAUGA